AUGGCCUCUCCACUGUCUUCCACAUCCUCUCUAUCCUCUGGGAACACCCCCACCACCGGCCGUCGACGCGCGACCUCGUUAUCGGCAAACGAUCCAACCGUGAUUACUACCGAUAGGAUUCGUCCCGACUGGGCUCAAAAGCUUGCAAAUGCCCGAGCUCAUGCUGCGCGGCGGUCGGCAGCAGCGACUGCCCUUCAUACUGCGGCUUACUUGAUGCACUCUAACGGCGCUGGAAAUGAUUCCCGGAUUGGUCUGGGAAGAAGAAGCGUCAUGCGGAGAAACGGCGCGCCAGAAGCUCAGAACUCUAGCGCGCGCACCGGAUCCCCGGCGCUGCAGGCGCUGGCAUUCCUCACGGAUAGGCGCGCAGCUGGCCACGAAGCCGACUCGGCGGAAGAAGGGUCCGGUAACAUUGCCCCACCUCGUCAGAGCUCGAGGCGGAAUCGCAUAGAUGAUCUGGAAGAAAUGAUGAUGAUGGAGGCGAUCCGACUCAGUCUAGCGAGCGAGGAAGAGCGGCGCAAGAGAGAGGAGAAAGAGGCCAAGAAAGAGGCAAAGAAAAAGGAGAAGGAAGCCAAGAAGGCAGAAAAGGUUGCGCGCAAAACCGAGCUCACCAGUAACAAUGCGAGCAGCUCCGCCUUGGAUGUGCUUCCGGAUGCGCGGCUAGGUAGGGUCACGAGCAGUUCCUCUUCCAUUGCGGCUGAGGAGGUUGUAUCGGCCGGCAAGGGUAAGGAGGUAGACCGUUCUGUACCAGCUGGUGGCUCUGCCGCUGAACCCAGUACUGCGGCCGAGGAAGUGCAGCCCGCGGCGGCAUCGGCAAGCCCGGCCGAUCAAGCGCCGAGUAUGUCACCUCCAACGAUUGUCCAAUCGUCGUCCAAAGAUGUCACGAGGCCUUCGCAUCUUCGGCAUGUUUCUAGUGCAUCGUCAUCGUUCUCCUCGCUGGUCGAAUCGAUGUCGGAAGAUCAUGCGGGCUCCGCGGAGGGAGCAGGCUCCUUUGCAGAGCCCCUUUACAAUUUCCGCAGUCUGGCAGCCGUGAUUGGAGAUGAAGAGAAGGGCGACGAGGCACCCGAGCAUGUUGAAGAGACCUCGUCCAAGCCGAAUGUGGAGGGGUCAGCCUCGCAGUCCGUUCAGCCGGUGGCAGAGGCAUCGGUUGCUGAACCCGCGACUACCACUGAGGCCAAGGUACCGAUGGAGGAGCAGCGCGACAAUUUGAUACCGAAAGAGCUGGAGACCCAAUCCGUCGAAAUUACAGGUACCACACAUGAUACGGAAGCGACGUCCUGA